AUGCGUCUAAUAACUGCUUUGGUGUUUUGCAUUACGGCCGUCUCUGCUGCUCCAAGUGCCGAUAUAACUCCAAGACUAAUAGGUGGUACACCUGUUCACAUUAAUCAAUGGCCCCAAAUGGCUAACGUCCUAUUCACGUGGGACUUAACUACCUUUGAACAAUACUGUGCCGGAACUAUAUUAAACCAUCAAACUGUUUUAACUGCUGCUCAUUGUAUCAGCUUUCAUCCAUAUAGCAGAUUCCGUCUUCGUAUCGCUUCUGCGUUGGCGAGCAGUGGUGGAAGUUCUCUUAACGUUGUUGACCUUAUCCCUCAUCCCUUCUACAAUCCACAAACCGAAGACCAUGAUUUUGGGUUGAUACGCACUGCAACCUACAUGAACUACACCACACAAAUCCAACCUGCGCCUAUCGCUGAUAAUAACUAUACACUAGAUGACAACGCAAUUGUUAAAGCUAUUGGAUGGGGAGCGUCAACAUUUAGCGGUCCUCGUUCUGAACAACUUCGUGAAGUACAACUUUUCAUAAUCAACCAGGAAAUCUUUGGAGGCAUGUAUUGUGAACACCUUAGAGCGAGGCGCGACGUGUUCCAAGUGCACCUCUUUAAACCUUAA